UAUUAAUGAUAUUUUGGAAUAGAUUAAUGUCAUGGAUACCUGCCAUAAUUCUACUAGGAAUCUUAAUAUUUUUGUAUAGUAUAUAUUUUCUGGUAUUUUUAUAUGGAAUAAUAUUAGUACAACAUUAAACCAAAUUUUGAGGGAUUAAAUUUGGAAAUAGUGAUUUAACACUUCUUAAUCUUAAUGUUCCUUAUAUCAUUGCUUCGUGCAAUGGUUAUAUAACCUGGUGUAAUAAGCAAAGUAAUUUACAAAAUUUAAUAUUGAGGAACUUAUUGAAUAAACUUGGAUCUAAUGGGAUGAAUAUUAAUAGUAAGAGAAAGAGAGGGAGACAGAAUAAAGAUAAAGAAGAAGUUUAAAAUCAGCUAAGACAUUUAAGACAGAAAAUGAUGAAGAUAGAAGUGUAGUAAAUAUGGAUGCAGAAGAUGAUGAUUAAAAUAUAAAAAAGGAAUAUUAUAAGAAAAGAAAUGAAAAUAGAUUUUGUAAGAAAUGUUUCAUUCCAAAACCUUUAAGAACACAUCAUUGUUCUUAAUGCAGAUGUUGUUGGUAAAGAAUGGAUCAUCAUUGUUAAUGGAUAAAUAAUUGUGUAGCACAAGAUAAUUAUAAAAUAUUCAUUUCAAUGAUCUUUUAUGCUAGUAAUUAUUAAUAAAAUAACAGUAGAGGCUGUCUUUUAGUUUGGGUGUCAAUAUCUUAAUAUACAGUAUUUUUGAAUGUGAUUGAGACAGAUGUACCAGAUCUUAUAUUGUUUAUAAUAGUAUUACAUUACUAUUUCACUCUUUUGAUUACAGUCCUAAUCACAGGAUUCUUUAUAUUCCAUUUAUAUUUGAUAUCAUAAAAUAAAACUACACUUGAGUAGUUAGAAGACAAACCAGAUGUAAUCUAACAUUAUUAUUUUAGAGAUUAAAUUAUAAUUAGGGAAUUUGGUAAAAUUUCAAAUCCAUAAUGGGACCUAAUAUUCUAUUAUGGUUUUUACCAGUUUAAUGA